ACUAUUAUUGCCUUCAUCCUUAUGGUCAACUGGAGCCUCGUAGUAUGCCAGGAACCCCUGGAAAUAUGUGGUAUAAAGGAUCGGGAAAUAGAAUCGAUCUUCUACUGCAUUCGCGCCAACACUUCACCUAGUCUACAAGAGACCCUCCGCCAGUUCGUGAGACAUCUGCAAUGUGAUUCAGAACUGUGCCUCGUUCGCAGGUGGUGCAAGAAAGGAGACUUUAGAACUCAGGCCGUCAGGCACUUUGAGUAUGAACACUUCAUGGAGCUCUACGACGCAGCUCAACAGUGUCAGGAGCUGACGCCCCUUGCAGCAUCGCAACCCACUCGCGUUCAAGGCUCGAUCUGGAAGGCAUUCGUCAACUGGAUUCGUUUUAUGAUAGUCUCUCAAAACUAGCGUU